AUGCCAGGCCUCCAGCUCCCCUGGGAGGCUGCCGCGCCCGAUGCGCUGGCGGCGCCGCGAGGCUUGAGGUGGACGCUCUCGGCGUUCGACGAGCCCGUGGAGGGGACGGGGCCCGGCACGGUCGCUCCGCGACCAGCCCCAGCGGCACGACGGGAAGCAUUGCUGCGCGCCCCUGCCGUCCCAGCCAGUGAGCACGAAGAGCGAGAGAUGCGCCUCCGUCAGUGGGAGGUGAUCGCGAAGGCCGCAGGCCCGCACUGCCGCCUCAACCGGGAUGCGGAGCGCCUUGAUCCCGCGGCGGCCGCAGAGCUGCUUCGGAACGUCUUCGCUGACAAGGCCACGAGCACGCUCGCCAAACGGGGCUGCUCCAUGGCCCUGUUCCUGAGGUGGGCUGGGCAGGCGCUUGGAGGCGUGCAGGCGGCCUUCCCGCUGACCGAGCAGGUGGUUUACGAUUACGUGGAGUACCUGCGCAAGGACGGCGCCCCGGCCACGCGUGCCAGGAGCUUCGUCGAGGCCGUGUGGUUCAGCUCUGGCACCGUUGGUAUCGAGGUGGAGGCGACGAUCGGCAGCGCGCGCGUCCAAGGCGCUGUCGCCCGGAGCUGGGCGACGAAGCGCUUGACCGUCAAGGCCAGGCCGCUCGCCGUGCGGCAUGUCCGCAUGCUCGAGAUCCUUGCUAAGAGCGGCUCACCCCCUCGUGUGCGCGUGGAGGCCGGCUUCCUCUGCGAGCUGGUGCACGCGCGCGGCAGGGCUUUGGAUAUUGCGCGCAUCACGGCCGAGCCGUACCUCGACGUGGUGGACGGGAAGGGCUUCAUCGAGGUCGUGGCGGCGAAGUCGAAGACGACCAGGGGCCUCAAGCGCGCCCGCCUGGGUUUGCCCGUCGUGGCGGUGGCAGAGGGCAUUACAGGCACGGAGGGCGGGACCUGGGCUGCCGGAUGGCUCCGAGCGCGUGAGGAGCUUGGACUCCGCGCUGGGCCAGGCCAGGUCCUCAUGCCAACGGCAGCUGAAUCAGGCUACCUCGUCGCCGACGUUCCUGCGUCGGCGCCUCAGGUCUCAGCGAUGCUUCGCCGAUUGCUCAGCCAGGCAGGCGUCCCCGGUGAGGAGCUCGGCGACUAUUCGUCGCACUCGUGCAAGGCAACUGUAUUGUCGUGGCUGGCUAAGGCGGGGUACAGCAUGAAGUCCCGGAGGUUACUCGGGGGCCACAUCAAGCCAGGCGAGCGCGUGCCCAUCGAAUACUCCCGGGAUGCCCUCGCGGGUCCUCUGAGGGAGGUGGUCCAGCUUUUUGAACAGAUCAACUCGGGCGCAUUUGACCCCGACGCCACACGUGCGAACACCGAGGACGAUGCAGCUACAGGGAGCGGCCCGCAUCGCGAGAAUCCAGCCUUUGGGCAAGAUGACUGCGAAACCAGAGAAGGCGAAUCGGACGGCGCAGAUUCUGACACAGACGCCUUCGACGACGACGUCGCGGAGGACCACGAGGCGCGAGCGGCCUGCGAGAUCAUCAUGCACGACAUGCCCAGGCAGUUCGACACGCUGGACAUUCCAGCGGGCUUCGACGUCUACUUCAACCCCCGGAGCUACGUCCGCCACCUUCUCCCGCUGAGCGAGCCCGCGCCCGGGGGUAGGGACUGUCCGCGGUCGUUUCUAGGGCAGCGAAAGACGCUGCUGGCGGUGACGAAAGACGUCGCCGUGUCUAAGGCCACGGGCAGCCCGCGAAAGACGCGGCUGCGCUGGCCCAUCCGCGAGCGGCCCGCGAAAGACGCAGCCGCUGCGGCCGGGAAGGUCCCGGAGGGGGCCACAGGCAGCCUGCGAAAGACGCAGCUGCAGCAGCCCCUUCCAGAAGACGACCGCGGCAAUGUUUAG